CCAUCCACCUGGUGGCAGAGCCCUACCCUCGCUGAGGGGGACUACGGCAAUGUGGAGCUCGUCGCCACGCUGCCUGAUAAAAUGGAGCUCCUCCACGUCAUCAUCAAAGCGGGUCCCUCCCCCCGCCCCUUUGCGUGGUCCCUUGAGGUUUCCCCCUCGGAGACCAACGAGGACUGGCGCCUGGUCCGCGCCUUCGGGGACCGGGACCACUGCCGGAAGCUCUGGGACCUCAGGCCAGAGAGACGAAGACGGAAAGCGAGGGGCACCAAGUGGAAAAGAGCGGCCAAGAGGAUCAACAGAGCUGAUAAGCCAGCCUGCUCCACGCAGUUCGUGAGUCAGAAGCCACUUGAGAGUGGGGAGAUGCACGUGGGCCUGGGCGAGGGCGUGGCGGCGCGGCGCGUGCGUGUGUCAUUCCGCGCUGCGCACGCGGCGUCCGCGCGCCAGCAGUACUACACUGUGCGCGCGCUCACGUUGGCUGCGCGUUGUUUAUGCCACGGGCAUGCCGCGCACUGCAAUGUUAAUCAUGAGGUUUGUUGCUUUUAUUCCUAA